AAUUUGUUUACAAAAUAAGAAUAAAGCUGAUAAUGGCACGAGCUGCAGACGAUAUGUUGCAUUUACACACGGCACUAAUUAAAUAUGCUGCAAUUGAAGCUCGUUUGUUGUUUGUCCAAUAUGAAACAACUUUUGACGAAUUCCAAGCAAAAAACAGGUGGAAGGAGCUGUCGUGUGUGGACUUCCACAAAAUUUUCAUUCACGAUGUUUUGCCUAAUGUGCACAGCCUUGAGUUAUCCGAAACGCUAAUGCAGCGCUUAAAGUUAUUAGACUUAAAUCCGUGCUUUACCAAAACCGAUCAAGGAUACGAGUGUGUGAUGAGACAAUUGAAGUCUCACUUUGAGCUAGUUCCAAUGCGUGAUUUCUGUCAGUCAGACGAUCUGCCAAAGCUAUUGUCGUCACAGAAUUGGGAACCACAAAAGGAGUUUCCAAAAGAGGCUACUACGGCACACACGGUGUUGAUGUGUAGUAAAUCGGAGACAGAAAACAGCUCUAAACUUAAAUUUCAGCUAGAUUUAAAAAUUGCUGCUUUACUGUCGGCAUUCGUUUCAAGCGACCUGGAAUUGUCCUCGGCGCAGUUGCAUAAUCCAGCUGAGAUUCGUGAAAGAUUGCGGAGAGCCAAGCAAUCAUUUGAGGACACCGCCAAUAUCUUACCUUUUCGCUCUUCUCUAGAAGAUGUGACGAAUAAUCUUGCGACAUUUGAAAAACUCAAGCAGAAGCUAUCUAAGAUCUUAUCACGAAUUUGA